AUGGCUUUCAACAACAAAUCCAAGAAUUAUAGUUCACCUAAUUCUCAUUGCAAUUUCUGCAUCACCCUUUUCUCCAUUUCCCUCUUCACUAUACCAACUUUUCUCCUUCUCAACAACACCACCACAAACUCCAAAUGCACCAACCUCACCAAAACUUUUUCAGGUGAUCUUCUUUCAGCUGAGUUUGCAUGGAACAGCCUUUCAUUUUCACAACGCAAUAACCCUUCACCAAUAGUUCUUAAAAUUGCAGUCUUUUCUAGAAAAUGGCCUAUUGGAACCGUUCCCGGUGGCAUGGAACGCCACGCUCACACCCUUCACACCGCUUUAGCUUGCCGCGGACAUCAAGUUCAUGUCUUUACUUCACCCUCAGAAGAAGAUGAAGCAACAACAACAGCUUCAAUCUCAUCAAAAGGUGCACCUUCUUUGCCUUACAUUCAUUUUCAUGAAGGCGAACCGGGUAAGUGGCGUUACAACAAAGCAUGGGAACUUUUUCUUGAAGAAAACCAAAGAGAUCAACCUUUUGAUGUUGUUCAUUCAGAAAGUGUGGCACUUCCUCAUUGGCUUGCAAAGGAAGUUCCAAAUCUUGUUGUAUCAUGGCAUGGCAUAGCAUUGGAAAGCUUGCAGUCGAGCAUCUUUCAAGACUUGGCUCGUUUGCCGGACGAGCCUAGAUCCCAAGAUUUUGAAAAGGGGUUACAAGGGGUUGUUCCUAAGGUCCUCAAUGAGAUAAGAUUCUUCAACAAAUAUUCUCAUCAUGUUGCUAUUAGUGAUAGUUGUGGUGAGAUGUUAAGAGAUGUGUACCAAAUUCCAAGUAGAAGAGUUCAUGUGAUUCUCAAUGGUGUUGAUGAAGAAGAUUUUAGAGAAGAUGCUGAAUUAGGAAAAGAGUUUAGAACCAAAAUUGGGAUACCAAGUAAUGCUAGUUUAGUAUUUGGAGUAGCUGGAAGAUUAGUGAAGGAUAAAGGUCAUCCACUACUUCAUGAAGCAUUUUCAAGGCUUAUAACAAAGCACACCAAUGUGUAUUUGAUUGUAGCUGGUUCUGGACCAUGGGAGAAUAGGUACAAAGAUAUAGGGAACCAAGUUUUUACUCUUGGAUCUAUGAAUCCUUCUAUGCUAAGAGCAUUCUAUAAUGCUAUUGAUAUUUUUGUUAAUCCUACAUUAAGACCACAAGGGCUUGAUCUUACACUUAUGGAGGCUAUGAUGAUUGGAAAGCCACUUUUGGCAUCAAGGUUUCCAAGUAUCAAAGGUAGUAUUGUUGUUGAUGAUGAAUUUGGUUAUAUGUUUUCUCCAAAUGUGGACUCACUUUUGGAAGCACUUGAAGAAGUGGUAAAGGAUGGUAAAGAGAGGCUAGCGAGGAGAGGCAAUGCUAGCCGCGAAUAUGCAAAUUCUAUGUUUACAGCAACAAAGAUGGCACUAGCAUAUGAGAGACUAUUCUUAUGCAUAAAGAGGGAUACGUUUUGUACCUAUCCUUGA